GUCUAUUAAGACACAAAAUCACGCUUACACACUAACUCACACACACACACACACACACACAUAAUGUCAUCCCAAUUAGAACAGUUGAAGGCCGCAGGCACCGUGGUCGUUGCCGACACCGGUGACUUCGAGUCCAUUGCCAGAUUCACGCCUCAGGACGCCACCACCAACCCUUCGUUGAUCUUGGCUGCCACGAAGCAGGCGCAGUACGCCAAAUUGAUCGACGUUGCCAUCGACUACGCCAAGUCCAAGUCUAGCAAGCCGGAGGAACAGGCCUCGCUUGCGCUCGACAGAUUGUUGGUGGAGUUCGGUAAGGAGAUCUUGAAGAUCGUUCCGGGCAGAGUGUCCACGGAGGUCGACGCCAGACUCUCGUUCAACACCGAGGCCACCAUCAAGAAGGCGUUGGAGAUCAUCGAGCUCUACAAGUCGCAGGGCAUCUCCAAGGACAGAGUCUUGAUCAAGAUCGCCUCCACCUGGGAAGGUAUCCAGGCCGCCAAGGAAUUGGAGGAGAAGCACGGCAUCCACUGCAACUUGACGCUCUUGUUCACCUUUGUGCAGGCCGUUGCCUGUGCGGAGGCCAAGGUCACCUUGAUUUCGCCCUUCGUGGGCAGAAUCUUGGACUGGUACAAGGCCAAGACCGGCGAGUCCUACACCUCCGAGACCGACCCGGGUGUCUUGUCUGUCAGACAGAUCUUCAACUACUACAAGAAGUACGGCUACGACACCAUCGUUAUGGGUGCCUCCUUCAGAAACACCGGCGAGAUCGCCGCCCUGGCCGGCUGUGACUACUUGACCAUCUCUCCUAAGUUGUUGGAGGAGCUCGCCAACUCCAAGGACUCCUUGCCUCAGGUCUUGGACGCCGCUAAGGCCAAGUCCUUGGACAUCGAGAAGGUCUCCUACAUUGACAACGAGCCGGAGUUCAGAUUCCUCUUGAACGACGACGCAAUGGGCACCGAGAAGUUGGCCGAAGGUAUCAGAAAGUUUGCUGCCGACUGUGUCACCCUUUACGACGAGUUGUUGAAGAGGGUCUCGGCCUGAUUCUGUCCCUUGUUGACAUACUUUUUCUCUGCUCCUCUCCCCGAUUCUUUUUUCUGUCGAAUGAAUUUUAUGAACUAAGUAACAGCAUCAAGUCUAUGAAUAUAUAUCUAUCUGUCUAAUACACUCAUAACGAACCAGUUUUCUCAUCUCCCUCC